AAGGAUGCUCAAGUCGAAAACGGUGUUUACGAACGAGGACGAGAAGCGCUUGCACCAGCGCAAGCUCCGCGCCUCCAACCAGCGCGCGCACGUGGCCCGCCGUCGCGAGCACAUUGAGCGCUUGGGCCGCCAAGUCGACGCGCUCGCGUACGAGACGAGCCGCCUCGAGGGCAAGCGCGAGUCGCUCAGCGCAACGCACUGGUACCUCAACGACCACCGGAGCGUCAAGACCGUGCACGAGUACCUCCGCGUCUUCAAGUACGGCUACAUGACGUCGCUCGACAAGGAGGCGAUGGUCCAGGAACGCUUCCUGCGCUCCAUCAUGCGCGACGACCUCCGGUACUUUCACCUUGUCGGCGUCGACAAGCUCCUCUACGUCUUCCGCAUCUACUGCGCGUCGCACAGCAACUUUUCCAUGUACUUUCUGCGCUGCGACGUGGUGCAGAACGACGAGGACGGGCUGCUGGCGUGCCACGUGCACAUGAUCGUGUCCCAGCGCAUCACGCGCACGACGCUGAGCAUGUACUUUCCCCACAUCCUCCACGACGAAGUCCUCGUCCAGAAGCUCAUCGGGCGUCAGAUUGACCUCCCGACGACCUCGAUCUUUGGCUUUGACGAAAACGGCCUCGUGGCUUCGUACAAUGCGAGCAUGGACUUUGUCGGCGCCUACAUGCGCCUCCUGGCCGACCUCGAGGCCGUCGCGCUGCUCGUCGGCGGCAACAUGUACCACCCGAGCAAGCUCCAGAGCUUGGCCUAGCCCCGUCGUCGCGAGAUUAUUAUAAAUGCAUCAACGAUG